AUGGUGGACUGUGACAACAGCACCUCGCUCUUCGGCACAGAGUGUAACGUGUCUUUGAUGCUAUCCAAAUUCAACAGCACCGGUGGCAACGAUACCAUAUCAGACUCGGGUGACCCCAUAUAUCUGGACCCUUCAUACUAUUCCAUGAAUUAUAGAAUCGUUGGAACUGUUUUUCAAGGCAUAGUAUUUAUAGUUGGUGUCUUCGGCAACAUAAUGGUCGUCAUCGUGGUUUGGCAAACACGAAGCAUGCAUACACCGACCAACUGCUACCUAGUCAGCCUAUCUAUAGCAGAUUUCAUGGUGCUUAUAGCAUCAGUACCUAACGAAAUUCUGGCUUACUACUUGUUAGGUGACGAAUGGGUAUGGGGUCGUUGGGGCUGUGCAAUAUUUAUAUUUCUUCAAUAUUUAGGAAUUAAUGCCUCGUCACUUUCAAUAACAGCCUUCACGGUGGAGCGGUACAUUGCCAUUUGUCAUCCAAUGAAAGCCCAAUUUAUGUGCACGGUGAGCAGAGCCAAGAAAAUCAUCAUCGGUGUCUGGAUCUUUGCCUGUUUUUACUGUAGUCCUUGGCUUUUUCUUACGAAGAUACAGCCCAUAUACUACAAAGGUCACCAGGACAAGGAGACGUGUACUUUUGCGCUUUCGAGAAAGCACUACGUAGGAUACUUCUUUGCAGAUCUGGUAUUGUUCUACAUACUGCCAUUGCUAUUGUCUUGCGUUCUGUAUGGAUUGAUUGCGAGAAUUCUGUUCUCCAAUGAAAUUCCAAAGACGCCAGGAAAGAAAAAUUGCUCAACGGCCAAUGUAUGUAUAGGAGAUUCUAAAAAGACCAAUAGUAGCACCAACGCUCGAGUACAGGUUGUGAAGAUGUUGGUGGUUGUGGUUGCAAUGUUUGCAACUCUGUGGCUCCCUUACAGAGUACUUGUAGUCUACAACUCCUUCGCAACCAACCGUUAUAUGGAGCUUUGGUUUUUAAUGUUCUGCAAGACGAUGAUUUUUAUUAAUAGCGCCAUUAAUCCUAUCCUUUACAACGCGAUGUCUAUCAAAUUUCGAAGAGCAUUUAAAAGAAUGUUAUCUUGUGGCCAACGAACUCAACACGUGAGGAGAUCUCCAGGUGAAAGAAUUCGGGAUUGCCACAUGAACACCAUCAAAAGAAGUGGUUUUGGGUUGUUUCGUUUUUAA